GCUGAGGAGGGUUGCAGUUCGGCGGAUACUAGACAAACGUGUUCAAUAGAAGACCGCUCUACUUUGAAAAUGUUGCUGCCUGAACACAGGAAUUACCCGCACCAACAAAGACAUACUGUCUUAUUCUUUAUCCUUCUAUGUUGUAUGACAGGUGUGUGGACCAGCCAGGUGGUGGUGCCCCACAAGGUCAACGCCGUGCUGGGGAAGAACGUGACCCUGGGCUGCCGGGUGGAGGUGGGCAGCAACCUGAGCCUGACCCAGAGCACCUGGGAGCGCAGGCUCCCCUCCGGCUCCGUCACCGUGGCCGUGUACAACCCCGUGUUCGGCAUCUCCAUCCCCCCCGACUACGCCCGCCGCCUGUCCUUCCGCUCGCCCUCCUCCCUGGAUGCCACCAUCAUCCUGGAGGACGUGGGCUUCGCCGACAUUGGCGUCUACACCUGCAAGGUGGCCACCUUCCCCCUGGGCAACACACAGGCCUCAACCACCGUCAGCGUGCUGGUGGAGCCCAAGGUGUACGUGUCGGCCGGCUCCUCGCCGCUGAUCGACGGCGGCAACGAGACGGUGGUGGCCACCUGCAUCGCCGAGCGGGCCCGCCCCCCCGCCCAGGUCUCCUGGGAGUCCAACCUGUUCGGCCAAUCGGAGGCGCAGCUGCUGGACGAGGCCAACGGCACCACCAGCACCCAGGUGCGCUACGUGUGGCAGCCCACGCGCCACGUCCAGGGCCUGGCCCUCGCCUGCGUGGUGCGCCACCCCGCCCUCCAGGCCGACUUCAGGAUCCCCUACCAGCUCAACGUGCAGUAUGCUCCCGACAUCUCUGUGGUGGGCUACGACGGGGACUGGUACGUGGGCCGGGAGAACGUCCAGCUGACCUGCAAGGCCAACUCCAACCCUCCAGCCCACCACUUCAGGUGGAUCAGGCUGGACGGAGAUAUGCCCGAGGGCGUAGAGGUGGUGAACAACACCCUGCUGUUCCUGCGCUCCCUGCAGAAGAACGACUCGGGCGUCUACAGGUGCGAGGUGGCCAACGACAUCAGCCUCCGCAGCCGAGACCUGCGUAUCCUCGUACAAGAUCCUCCCACCACCUCCAUGCCCUCCACAACCCCUGCGCCCGUCCUCCCUGCAGCCUCCUCCUCCUCCUCGGGGGGGGAUAAGCGGCAGGUUCUCUUCACCUCCCCCACCCUGGCAGCCCUGCCUAGCAGCAACCUGGGCAGCAUUGUGGGCGGGGCGGUGGGCGGGGCGCUCUUCCUCCUCCUGCUGCUGUCGCUGGGCGGGGUCUGUUACCUGCGGCAACAGCAGACCUUCCGCGGCAACUAUUACACAAAGCAGUACCUGGGGCCCUUGGACAUGCAGAAGGCCCCGGCACAGCACGAGCUGCAGCCCACCAAGACGGGUAACAACUACGGCUCCAACCACCAGGACCGCGACCGCGAGGAGUGGGGGGACCGCGAGCGGAACCACGACCGCCGUCACCUGAACGACCAAAGCCACUGCCACGAGAUGGGGGGGAAGGCCAACGGCCACACCAGGGCCAUGAGGGAAGCUCACCAGCACCAGGAGCACCCGCGCUACUCCAGCCCCCAGCAGCCUGGCCACGCCAGAUACGUCCCCCCCGCCGCCCCCGCGGCCAACGGCUCCCCCUACCUGUCGGAUGACUGCUACGACAGCGGGCCGGAGGGGGACUACGUGUCUCACACGGACGGCUCCGUCAUCUCUCGUAGGGAGUGGUACGUGUGACCCAUGACCCCUCCCACGUCAGACUCCUCCGCCAGGGAGACGAGACGCCACGGGAGAAACGUCUCAGAGGGUCUCGUGCGUUAUUUAAGAAAGGACAACUCUCUCUCUUUCUCUCCCUCUCUCUUACUCUCACUCUCUCUCACGUUGAGCGUUUUCGUCCUUCCUUUCCCAAGAAGACUCUUUAGUCUGAGAGCAUCUUUUUCUUGACGUUUGAGCCCCGUCGUGGACUGUGUGGAUUGCCUAGCCACACUGGUCGGUGGUGUGGGCAUGCCUGUAUUCUGCACUGGAGGGCAAAAGUUGCGUUUGUUUUCAUGUGUGUUCGGAGCCUGAUUUCUCAUGCACUACUGUCUCUGCCCGGUGGGGUUUUUGAGGUCGAACGCCACGCCAAUUGACGUUUGUAAACUAAAUCACGGUCUUGGCUCGGUCAAAGCAACCCCGUGCCACUUCAGUGGGUCUUUUUGAAAGAAAAAAAUGCUCAAGUUCAACUGAAGACCUUUUUACAUGAGUUGAUCAUCUGUUCCCAUGUCGGGAGGAUUUGAGGCGUAUGUCUGAUCAUGGCAUCAAGGGGGUAUAAUGUGAGAGUAGAAGGGAGAGCUGGUACACCAUGAAGUCACCCACGCGUCUCAGUUCCUGAGAGGGCCUUCUUACCACCAUUGGAGAACAGAGAGAGGGAUGAAUCAUCCCCAGGGAU